CUAUUUAGUGCUGGAUAACAUAAUGUCAUCAUGGUUGCUACAUAAAAAAAAAGUUAGAACAGUAUCGGAAGUUUUAAUUUACUACCACAUCAACCCAGAGUGUGUAAUGCACGCAUUUCGCAGUUUACUUUCCAAUGAUAGUGAUAAUGACGAGGUAUCAACAACUCGAAUCGCGGAAUAUAUUGCUGAAAGGUUUUUAGGAGUACUAGCAAAUUUAGAAGCAACACUUGUUAAUCCAGACGGAGAGAAGUUUCUCAAGCGAUUAGCGCUGCUUAGUCUGGGUGACAUUAUUCGGUUGCUUGGUGGGGAACACAUAACACCAUUUCGGUUCAAAGUCAUUGCUGUGCUCCGAACAGCAUUAGCUCUUCCAGAAGGAUCGGCUUUAGCAAAACAUUGCGUUAAUACGUGGCGUAUUUUUGUAUGCACGGUAGAUGUGCGACAAUUAGGUUCACUUUUAAGUACAAUAUUCGUUACGUUGGAGCCAUUAAUUGAUACAUACAACGAAGAUAUUGGAUACAUAUUUCGAUACCUGGUCAUAGAGAACAAUAGUCUACUUGGGAAUAGUCUCUGUGAUCUUUUUAUAGAAGAUACUAAUGUAGCAGAAAAUAUUAAAAAAAUAGUGGCAUCGCGUAUUCCAAAACACCACGAUGAAAUAGGAAGCGACCAAUUUGUUACCCGCCUUGAAGAACUUAUUCGACAUAGCAAUCAUGAAAAUUUAAAAGUACGAGCAUACGCAUUCUCCUACUUAUGUAGACUUUGUGAACAUGGCCGGGCAGAGCUAAAUGAAGCUAUUUUGGGGCAACACCAAAGCAUAAGCCUUACCAUAAUAGCUACAAUGGUAGAAACGCUGACACGUGGACUUAGUGAACAAGAUGUAAUACUUCAACAACGAGCAGCAGAGUGUCUUGGAGAGCUAGGAGCUUUGGCACCCAGUCAUUUGCCACCUAAUUAUGCUCCGACCGGUGUAGGUUUCGCAUUGAGCAUUCAUUCCGACUGUUUUGCCAUUAUCGCCUUGCGAGAACUAUGCCGAGCAUACCAAAGGCAAAAAGAUUCAAAGUUUGUCGAUAGUUUUUCACUUGCCAUACAGGAAAUAUUAAACGAACGAGGUGUCUCUCCAAAAGCAGAUAAAAAACGAGAAAUAUGGGAAACCAUCCCAGAACGCUUGCGACCAAUAAUGGAACCGUUACUAACAUCAUGUUAUACUACAGUUUCAAGAGCAUCGCAGACAGCAGUUGCACAUCCGGUAUUUAACAAUGUUGGAUCAAGUCACGAAUGGUGUUACCAAUGGGCGUGCCAAAUGAUUGAAUAUAUAACUGUUAAUUCAACUCGUAACCUUCUACGAGCUUUUAAGCCAAGCUUGCGAUGUGAUAGAGGAACUCUUAUGUUGAUGUUACCUUACAUACUAUUACAUUCAUUACUACUUUGCGAAGGGAAUGAUAAAAUACAAUUUAUUGUAGAAGAACUUCAUGCCGUUUUCAACGGAGCCAUUGCAUAUUGCGAAAGUUUUACCACGAUUCCUGCUGCGAACCGAGCAAAUGACAAAGUAGAUAUAGAAUAUACAUCUGCAAAUAGAUUGAUUGUAUGCAUGACUCAGGAGCGGCAUGAUACAUGUGGCAAAGAGCUGGCUUUGCAAUGCGCUAAAUAUGCGUUUGGGUUAUUUGAUUUCCUCGAACGAUGGAAAAGACAGUACCUCAAGGAUGUUACAUCAAAAGAUAAAGAUCUUCAUAAUUAUCAGCAUAAUUUUGCUGUGGUUAGUACAUUCCUAAACAACUUUGAUAGCAAUCUAUUGGCGCAAGUAAAUUUUAAAUGUCAUGAAUAUGCUAGAGCAUUACAAUACGUAGAACACAGUUUGAAUGGCGAAGAUAAAAGUAUAAAACUACAAAAAAAGUUAUCAUUCUUGUGUGAACUUUAUUCAUACCUCGGAGAUACAGACUCGGUGGAAGGUGUUAUGGCUUUGAAAGCAACAGAAUCAACCUUACACGAGUUAAUUCUAUAUCAUAAUGCUACAGGUCGAUUGCAAGAAGCUGUGGCGUGUUACGAGAGGUUAUUACAACUUACUAAUAUCCAAGAACAAUAUCCAAGUCUUAAUUUUUUAAACAGUAUGAUCGAGUGUUAUCUACGGCUUGAUCAACCGGAAACAGCAUUACUACUUGCAGAAAGUUUACUGGUUCGAUUUCAUGAUACGGCCCUACAUAAACCUCUACUGGAUAUACAGGCAGAACCGCUGUACCGACUAGGAAGAUUCGAAGAACUCGAAGAAUUGCUACUUCAAAGGCGAGCUGAUCAAUUGAGUGGAGCCAUCGAUGGUGAAUCACGUCACUGGGGAGUUAUUUGUGGUUCACUUAUUAUUGAGUUUCGACAACCGGAUUAUGCACGAUUUUGUUCAGAAAUACAACGAGCCCGAAGGUAUGUGUUUCAGGGUAGCUGUAGUGAACGUUCUAGUUCUCGUUCGUUAGAUGAACAGCUGGGUACAUACGAAAACCGUUAUGAUCAGGUGUUAAAAUUACACAUCAUCCAAGAGUUUGCUAAAUGUGGACAUAUAAUGCACACUCUGCGCACUCUACAAAAAGGUCAACGUAACGACGAACUUAUUACAGCAUCCACUGUAAUUGUUGACCUUCAGAAGCUUGUUGCAAAUAUGAAAGCUAGGCUAGAAGUAUUACAACCGAAUGCUGCCACAAUAGAACCAAUCCUUAGCUUGAGGCGCAUACUUCUGAAGGAAAUGAGGCGCACGAUAGACGAAAUAAAUUGGGAAAAAAUCGACGACGACCAAAAUGUUAAUCGUCUGCGUCAUUUGGUUGAUCAAACGAUCGGACAACUUUGGAUGAAAAGUACAGAGUUAGCAUCGCGAGCAAAUAUGUACCAGCAGGCAUUAUUGUAUAUUUUACAUGCAGAAAGCUAUCGUCCUCCUGAUCUUUUCAUAAAAAAUGCCAAAUUGCUUUGGGAUCGACGAGAUAUAACAGGGGCAUUAAAGGUUCUUGAAAGAGGAGUGAAUGAAAUAUUGGGCGAUGUCCCUGUUUCUUCGGUUGGUAAUAAUCAUAUAAAAACAACACCCAAAGAGAUUCGUUUCAUACAAGCAGAAGGUAAGCGUCUUAUUGCUACAUACAAUGCUGAGGCGUCUAAUAUAUCAGCAACACUCAAUCGACGUUAUUUCAAAGAGGCAGUAGAUAUGAACCCGGAAAGUGAAGUAGCAUUAGUACAACUUGCACAAUACGUCGACAAAUUGUAUAGCUCGUGUCCAGCAGUCGAGCAAAAUUCAGCAAAUUGCUGGGAAAUGCUAUUUGAAGUAAUGAAGUGUUAUGGCAAAUCAAUGAUGUAUGGAUCAAACUAUAUUUAUCAAUCGAUGCCACGCGUAUUAAGUAUCUGGCUUGACUCUACUGCAAAGACGAUACCAAAAUCAAGUGAAGGCAUUAGUACUUCCUUGAAUAUGGCGCGAAAAAUCGCACAGUCAAUGAAUAAAUUGGCAAGCAAGUUCAAAGAUACAUUAUCGCCGUAUUUUUUCUUUACUGCUUUUUCCCAAUUAAUAAGUAGAGUUGCUCAUCCUUCCCAAGAAACGUUCAUAAUAUUGAAAGCCAUAAUUGUCAAAUUGCUCCUCUAUUAUCCUCAGCAAACUCUAUGGAUGAUUCUGAGCGUAUAUAAAUCAUCUUAUACCAUCCGGGUACGGCGAUGUGUAGAAAUAUUUAACGAUCGUCAGUUGCUGCAAGUAGAGAACAUGCAAAAGUUGAUAAAAGACUUUAAUGGAUUGGCUGAACGUCUUAUCGAGCUUACCAACAAAGAAAUUCCGGGAAAUCCAGGAGGCAUCAGACAUUCAAAACAGGCAAAUGUUACAGUUUCUAUCUUAGUGAAAGCUUUACCAAAACUGCUGGCUGAUAAAAACUUUUCAAAUAUUUUGAUUCCCAUUGAAAGAUGCAUACAACUAGUGCUGAAUAAAAAUACAGGGAUGAAUUUUCAACCAUACCCUACAAAUGCUAUAUAUAUUGCUGGAAUUUCCGAAGAAGUGACAGUGUUGCAUUCUUUGCAAAAACCUAGGAAAAUUUCACUCCGAGGCCAUAACGGCAAGCUUUAUACAAUGAUGAUGAAACCUAAAGAUGAUCUGCGAAAAGAUUUCCGUUUGAUGGAGUUUAAUGCAGUUGUUAAGCAAUAUUUAUCGCAAGAUCCAGAUGCAAAAUUCCGAAGGUUACACAUACGCACAUAUGCUGUUCUACCUUUAAAUGAAGAGUGUGGUAUUAUUGAGUGGAUAUCAAAUCUGAACACAUUUCGCGGUAUCGUAUGCACGUAUUACAAACAGCGUGGACUGGGAAUGACGGCGAAAGAAUUGAGAAACUUUAAUUAUGAGCGCACAGAACCGCUUGCAAAGAAACGGCACGCCUUUGAAACUAUUCUUGUUCCGCGGCAUCCACCGUUAUUUAGUGAAUGGUUUCGAGAUUGUUUUCCAAAUCCCCAUAAUUGGUUUCAAGCUCGUUCGUCGUACAUAAAAACUACUGCAGUUAUUUCGAUGGUUGGUUACAUAUUAGGGCUUGGAGAUCGCCAUGGCGAAAAUAUUCUGUUUGAUUCUACUAACGGAGAUACUGUGCACGUAGAUUUUAAUUGCUUGUUUAAUCGAGGAGAAACAUUCACAGUUCCAGAGUUAGUGCCAUUUCGCUUGACUCAUAAUAUGGUAGAUGCAAUGGGACCUCUCGGAGUGGAAGGGCUUUAUCGGCGAUGCUGUGAAAUUGUUUUACGAAUUCUUCAAACCCAUGCAUCAACAUUCAUGUCUGUAUUGAAGCCUUUUGUUUACGAUCCCAUGGUGUCGUGGAGCAAGAUGACGUUUGCUCAAGGGGAAUCAAGCGAAAGGGAUAGCUAUUUAGAACGAACCGAUCCCCAAGCCAUGCACAAUGUGUUAAACAUUGAAGAAAGACUAAAAGGCUAUGUAAAAGUUAAUGGUAAAUUGUCACAUAAUCCACUAUCCAUUGAAGGGCAAGUAAACCACUUGAUUAAGGAGGCAACAGACAUAGACAAUCUAGCACAAAUGUACAUUGGUUGGUCUGGAUACACAUAACAAACAACAGCUAGAAAUCAUUUCAAUUAAACCGAAUACAUAUGUCUUUUCUGUACUAAUAACGAUGCGUGUUCUACUUUAAUUAAUCCAACAAAAUGAAAUUUCAAUCGGUCAGUGAAGUAGAGUUUUCCCCGGUACCAACCCUGGUACGAAAAUCCAUACGAUGUCGGUCUCAUCGGGCUCUAUCUGGGCGCCGAUUAACCUUCGUUUCUCUGACCAAAAAUACACCCUCAUCUUUAUGACCACCUACCCGGGUAGGUAAUACAUUUUAGAAGGGAAUUCGUAUUUUUAUUGGUAAAAAAAAUGUCGUAUUUAACUUAUUCUAUGCAGCUAUAAUAACAAUACUUCUUUUUAUGUUAUAAAUUUAUGAAGUAUGGCUUUUAGUUACAUAAAUUGAUUGCAUAGCAAUUAGAUGAACUGACACUAAUACACCGCCAUGUCUUCCCGACUGUCGGGGCAAUCAUUUCAAUCUAUGUGGCUUUAGAAGAAUAUUAAAGCACAUUUAAAAAAAUUAAAAAAAUCUGAAUUUUUUACCACUUUUUUAAAACAUGUUUCUCUAGGUAUUCUAAUUUUUU